AUGGCUAAAAAGGACAAGAAAGGAAAAAAGAAGGCCGACGAUAAUCGGGAAGAUCAAACCAAAUCGGAGUCUCUACCAGAGUCUCUACCAGAGCCUACCAAGAAAGAUGACGCUGCUGAUGUAACUGAACUGCAAGAUCCAAAAGACGAGGAUUAUGGAGAUUUAAUGUCGCAGAUCUCUAAAGUCUCAAAAAAAAAUAAGAAAAAGAAAAAUAAAAAUGCUGUAACGGAUGAUGAUUAUGCCGAUUCUCAAAUAUUAGGAGAAGAAGGGGCUUCUUCAGAGGCGACCCCCGUUGUUUUAACUGAAGUUCAAGCAGUUCAACCUGAUGAUUGGGCUGAAGAAGAAUUUGGCGCGUCUAAUAAAGAUAAAAAGAAGAAAAAAGGUGGAAAGAACAAUAGAACCGAAAGCCUUGUUAAAAAUGAUGAAUCAAUAGAAAAAGAGAAACAAGAUGAAGAUGCGAUCCCUGUUGUUUCAACUGAAGUUCAAGCAGUUCAACCUGAUGAUUGGGCUGAAGAAGAAUUUGGCGCGUCCAAUAAAGACAAAAAGAAGAAAAAGGGUGGAAAGGACAAUAAGGCUGAAAACCUUGUUAAAAAUGAUGAAUCAAUAGAAAAGGAGAAACAAAAUGAAGAUAGCGGAGAGAUAAAAAUAUUAAGUAAAAAAGAAAAGGAAAAAUUAAAGAAGCAGAAAGAAAGAGAAAAGAAAAAAGCUGAUGCGGAAAAGAAAAAGACUCAAAAAACCGAAGAAGUAGAUAAGCAAGAAGGAAUUAUAGAAGUGAAGGAGGAAUCUAAAUCAACACCUUCUGAAGAACCGCCAGAGAUAGCAGAAGAUGAUGAAGAUGAUACGAAAGAUGAUACAAAAUCAAAAAGUAAAAAGAAGAAGAAAAAGAAGCCGGCAGAGGAAGAAAAAAAACCUGCUGGUAAAAAGAAACCACCAGUAGCUGCGCUUAGAAAAAUGCUGGAGGCUCAACGUGCCGAGGAAGAAGCGAGAAAAAGAGAGGAAGAAGAGCUACAAAGGAAACUUGAAGAGGAACGUAAACGUAUUGAAGAAGAAGAGCAGCAGAAGGAAGAAGCGAAGAGAAAGAAGAAAGAAAAAGAAAAGGCAAGUACUAACAAAUAUUAUGGGGAUCUCUUAUCCAUUGCGAAGAAAGAACAGGCGAAAAAAGAAGGAAAAUUAUUGACCAAAGCUCAAAAAAUUAGGAAACAACAAGAUCAGCUACGGUUACAACAGAUGGUUGAAGCUGGCCACCUUAAGAUCGAAGGUCUCAGUCAAUAUAGUGAACAAAGACCAAAGAGAGUUGUAUAUUCUAACAAAAAGAAACAGCCAAAUAAACAACGAAUGGCACAAACUGAAGUUGAACGGUCAGCCACCGAAGUGAAAGAUUCCAUCGAGCCUGUGGAAGAAAAAUUAGAAAUUAAAGAAAAAGAAAGCGAGGAACAAGGAUCAGAGUCAGAAAAGGUGGAAAUUGCCACAAAAGUUAAAGAAAGAUGGGAAGAGAGUGAUGAUGAAGAAAUUCAGAAUAAAGAAGAAAAGGAGUCUGUUAAAGACCAAUGGGAUGAAAGUACGGAAGAUGAAGCUCCGUCAACUCCAGUUAAGAAACAAGAACAAGUUAAGAAGUCUGAUGAAACAACAACGAAAGUUGAUAAAACAACGACUAAGGCUAAACCUCUUGUUGAAUCCCCUGUUAAAAAACCUGCAAAAGAGGAAGAAUCUGAAGAGGAAUCUGAAGAGGAGUCUGAAGAAACUGAAACAGGAAGCGAAGAAGAUAGUGAAGAUGCUACAGAAAGUGAAGAAGAAUUAACUGAACAUAAAAAGCAGCAGCUAAAACGUAAACAAGAAGCUGCUGAACGUCGAAGGAAACGUCAUGAAGAAGCUCUUGCUUCUCGAAGUAAAGAUGAUCUUCGUUCUCCAAUAUGUUGUAUUUUAGGACAUGUCGAUACUGGUAAAUGUUUCGGAAAAGGUACUCCUAUCUUGAUGUAUGAUGGCAGCGUUCAUGCUGUUGAAACAAUUCAGACGGGUGAUCAGGUAAUGGGUGAUGAUAGUACUCCUCGAAACGUUAGUGGUGUUACAAGCGGGAAGGGAUUACUUUACAAGAUUAUUCCAAUAAACAAUUCUUCCGCUCAACCAUUUGUGUGUAAUGAUGCACAUAUUCUUGUUCUUAGGAUUACAUCAUCACCAUAUAUACAGCAUCAAAAAAGAAAGGGCCAAUUUUGUCUUAAUUAUUUUAUUUACAACAAUAAUACAAAUUUAGUUAAAAAAACAAAUAUAUUUUAUAAAUAUCCGACAAGUCAAUUUCAAACCAAAUAUCAUGCAAAAAGGGCUGCAAUUAAGAGCUUAGAAAUGUUAAAUUCAGAUAAGAUUCCGAAUCUAUUUUAUCAAAGUGUUAAUAGUAAUGCAGAUUUGAAAAUUAUUCGCGGAGAUUUCAUUUGGCAACCUUCUGUUACACAAUUCUUAAAUUGUUCUUCAGAAGUUCAAUCUGCUGCCAACAUGUUCACACCAAAUAAAGUCCGCUUUUCGGUUCGGGAAGGAACAUUUGCAAAAAUUAUUGAACGUAUUAUUGGAUCACCUAUAACUAAUAAUAUCAUCAAAUUUUAUGCCUGGUUAAUUGGUUAUUGGAUUGGUACAGACUUUGUUAUGUCUAAUGAUAAUCAUGAUAUUGUGGCUUCCUUAUUUGGUGAACUUGGAAUUUUACGAAGGAAGGAUAUUCCUGAGAUUAUGAUGUAUGAAGAUAUUGAUUUAGUUCGCCUUCCAUUGUUAGCUGGCAUAAUUGAUAGUAAAGGAUUAUGUAUUCCCCAGGAAGAUGUUAUAGAGUUGACACUAACGGAUGUUUGCAAUGCCAAAAACUUUGUUAAAAUCUCUCGCUCAUGUGGAUUGCAAGCUAGCAUUUCUGAUCCUCAAAAUAAAUGCAUUUUACAUAAAGCUUCUAUUAUUCCUUCAGUUUUAUUUCGAUCGAAUUGUAAAAUAAAUGAUCAUAAACAUGACCAGCUUUGGGGAUUUCAAAUUAAAGAGCUUGGCGUUGGGGAAUAUUUUGGUUUUGUAGUUGAUGGGAACCAUCGCUUUUUACUAGGUGAUUUUACGACCAAAUUAUUGGAUAAAAUCCGGCAGACAAAUGUUCAGGAAGGAGAAGCUGGUGGUAUUACGCAACAGAUUGGUGCAACAUAUUUUCCUAUGGAAACUAUCAAAACUAAAACUGCACCUUUAAAUAAGGAUGGUAAACAAGAAUACAAACUUCCAGGUCUGUUAAUUAUCGACACACCUGGUCACGAGUCAUUCACAAAUUUACGUUCUAGGGGUUCCUCAUUAUGUAAUAUAGCUAUUCUUGUUGUUGAUAUUAUGCAUGGUUUAGAACCACAGACAUUAGAAUCGUUAAGAUUAUUGCGAGAUCGUAAAACUCCGUUUAUAGUAGCAUUAAAUAAGAUUGACCGUAUGUAUGAUUGGAAGCCUAUACCGGAUAAUUCUUUCCUUGACUCUCUUUCAAAACAAUCAGAAAGCGUCAAACGUGAAUUCCAAGAUCGUGUUGAACAAACUAUAUUGGCUUUUGCUGAACAGGGACUUAACUCCGUUUUGUAUUAUGAGAAUAAGAAUUUUGCCAAAUACGUUUCUCUUGUUCCCACAUCAGCUAUUACCGGAGAGGGUAUUCCUGAUAUGCUCAUGUUACUUGUCAAUUUAACACAAUCAAGAAUGAGCGAUGCGUUAAUGUAUUUAUCAGAACUAGAGUGUACUGUGCUAGAAGUCAAAGUUAUUGAAGGUCUUGGUACGACAAUUGAUGUUGUCUUAUCAAAUGGUGUAUUAAAUGAGGGAGAUAAGAUCGUAUUAUGCGGUCUAAAUGGUCCCAUAGUUACAACAGUCCGUGCUUUAUUAACACCACAACCACUGAAAGAACUUCGAAUCAAGUCUGCUUAUAUUCAUAAUAAAAGUGUUAAAGCAGCUCUUGGGGUUAAGAUCUCUGCCCAAGAUCUUGAAAAAGCAAUUGCCGGUUCACGUCUUAUGGUAGUUGGACCAGAUGAUGACGAAGACGACCUCAAAGAUGAGAUUAUGUCUGACUUGAAGAGCUUAUUAAGUUCUAUUGAUAAGUCUGGUAAAGGUGUAUGUGUACAGGCUUCUACUUUGGGUUCCCUGGAAGCUCUUUUAGAAUUCUUGAGAACAUCUAAGAUUCCAGUAUCUGGAAUUAAUAUUGGACCAGUACACAAAAAGGAUAUUAUGCGAGCUGGUAUUAUGUUGGAAAAGGCAAAAGAGUUUGCUGUUAUUUUAUGUUUUGAUGUUAAAGUAGACAAAGAGGCACAAGAUUUAGCUGAUGAUUUAGGUAUCAAAAUUUUUAAGGCUGAUAUUAUUUAUCAUUUGUUUGAUCAAUUUAUCGCUUACAAUAAGGAAAUCGUUGAGCAGAAACGUAAAGAUCAAGCACCUCAAGCAAUAUUUCCUUGUAUUUUAAAAAUAGUUCCUGGUGCUAUAUUCAACAAGAAAGAACCUAUUAUUAUUGGUGUAGAUGUUGUUGAAGGAAUUUUACGAACUGGAACACCACUAUGUGUUGUUAAGACAGAUCCCCAACGUGAGAUAAUUACUCUUGGCAAAGUGACCAGUAUGGAACAAAAUCAUAAAGCAACUGAAAUUGCAAAAAAAGGUCAUACCGGUGCAGGUAUUGCCAUUAAAAUUGAAUGUGCUGUUUAUGAAAGCUCAAAAACGUUUGGAAGACAUUUUGUAGAAACUGAUGAAUUAUAUAGCAAGAUUUCACGUGUUUCUAUUGAUGUAUUGAAAGAAUCAUUUAGGGAUGAUUUAAGCAAAGAUGAAUGGCAAUUAAUUAUCAAAUUGAAGAAAAUUUUAGAUAUUAAUUAA